AACACGACAAGACCAUGGUGACCUUUCUUCUUCAUGCCCUGCUGGCGGUGAUGUUCCUUCCGGUUGUCAUGUUAACAAAUGGGACCCAGUCCCCUGUCCUCACCUUUGACCCAGCAGCUGUCAGUGACCAGGAUGCUUAUUGCCAGAUGCUCCUUCAGUCCAGCGUCCCCGAGCAGCAGAUCCCCUGGUUUUGUGUCUGCACUCGGUGCCAGAACACCAGAGGGCCCAAAGGAAACUGCGGAGACGAAGGGCUGCCAGGUAUUCCUGGUAGUGCUGGGGAAAGAGGCAUGUCUGGGUUCAGAGGUCCUCCAGGUUUCAUGGGCAGCCAAGGAGCCAAAGGACAAAAAGGCCAUGAUGGGGAUAAGGGCGACUGGGGACCUCAGGGGCCUGCAGGACUCAGAGGACUGCAGGGCUUCAAAGGUGAAAAAGGGGAGCAAGGUUUUGUGGGUCUUCAGGGGGAUCCGGGUCCUAGAGGAGAUGAUGGUGUCUGUCCUGAUAAUUGCAAGUCCAUCCCUGGAACUCAGGGACCAACUGGUUUGAUAGGCCCUGCAGGAUCCAGAGGUCUACCUGGCACCCCGGGGAUGCCGGGUCCCAAAGGUGUCAUGGGUGAGAUGGGAGAGUUAGGGCCCCCUGGUGUUCCUGGCUCUGUGGGUGAGAAAGGAGAGCUGGGGCCACAGGGGGAGUGCAGAUGUAUAGAUGGAGCCAAUGGACAUAAAGGCGAAAAAGGAGAUACAGGAGUCAAAGGUGAUGUGGGACCAAUGGGCACCGUGGGCCAAAGAGGGCCCCAGGGGAUAAAGGGAGACAUGGGGCACAUAGGGAUGAUGGGUCCUCCAGGUCCCUGCAUGCCCGCCAUCCAGUCGGCCUUUGCUGCAGGCCUGACGACCAGCUUUCCCUCACCUAACACCCCCGUGGUUUUCUCCUAUGUUUUCUACAAUAUCCAGCAGAAUUACAACCCCAGCACCGGCAUCUACAUCGCCCCCAUCAAUGGCACCUAUGUCUUCAGCUAUCACGUCACCGUCUUUGACAAAGUCCUGAAAAUCGGCCUCUUUCGUAACUUCAUGCCAGUUAUUAAAACCACAGAGGCCAGCCAGUUAGCGACCACCUCACAGUCAGUUAUCCUUCACCUGCUGAGGGGAGAUUGGGUGUGGAUUCAGGUGAAGGAUAUGGUAACCAACGGCAUGUAUGUCAGCAAUGAGGCCAGCAGUGUUUUCUCUGGCUUCUUGCUGCACCCAGAUUCAUGUGAUUUGGCUUUACUCAGAUCCCCCAUGCCCCUCAAGAAGGUUCCCGAUGAUGGAUACACCUGGGGCGGCACCCCCCAACCCUGAUCAAGUUACACUCAUGUUACACAAGGCAAAAAUAUUUCCCACCAAUCAGACCGACACAAACAUAGUGUAACCACAGACGACGUGCUUGAACAUCAAAUGCUCCGUCAGGUUUUUGCACUUUGUGAACCAUCCUUUAGCAACCUUAUGUUUUAGACCAAUAGGGUGACUUGUGGUGUUGUGGUCUCAUUAAUUUUGGAGCUUUUCUGUUUUCUUUGUAUUUCUAGAAAUUACAGAUGGUAUCUGAUGGUGAAGCUUCUCUCCGAGCCUCUGCUGUAAUAACAUCCUGUAUUGUUGGCGUGUCCUCAUUUCCUCCAUGGUUUCAGUAGCGCUGGAGUAUUUAUCUCCCCUCUUAUCUCUCUGUCUUUGUCUGUAAACUGGUGUGAGCUCCAAACUCUGAGAUUUACAGGCAACGAGUUACCUGAUGAUCCCCUGACACCGACCCAACUGGGCAGGGUCUCCCAAAACAGCUCCGCUCUGCUCCAGACAAUAAAACCGAGACAACACGAAUCUCUGUCGCGCCCUGAUGACUCAGCCAGAGCUGUUCUCUGUUUUCCAACAGGUCAUGCAUCAGAAACAUCAGCUCUGAAGCAUCUUCACAUGCAAAGAUUUCUGUGAGACGCACUGCUCAUUAACAGCUCAGGAUCUUAAAAUUCCCAGAGGAAAAAACUUGUAUUUUAAUAUUGGAACACUUGCAUUGCAGGAUGAUUGACUUAAAACUUGAAGAUGUUAAAGUGAAAGCUAAGGGGAUUUGGGAGCUCAUGUUGCUGUCUUCAGAUAACAUUACACAGUUUCUCUCUCAGAGUUUAUUGAUCAGUGCUAACUGGCGUUGAGUCUUUUAAAAGAAAAGCUUGUAUCGCUGUGUGUUAUUAGGUCCAGGUGUUGGUGUCAUCAGGUUCCUCACACAAAGCUAAGAAUAAAUAAACUGGGAGCUCAAUAUAUAAAACACAGUUUAUUUAAUAAAUACAUUAAUUUCAGAACAUACAUGUAAAAAAGCCUCCCGCAUCCAAACCCAACAGGAAAUCAGCCAUUUUGAAUUCCAUUUUGGCAUCUUUGCUAAUAAAGUUUUCUUAAUUGAACUUUUAUUUAACAGGAAGUCAAUUAAAAUUUAAAUAUUUCUCUGCAUAUUUCUGUCCAUCAAGAUACAUUUUAACAAACUCCUGCUUGAGUUGUAACAGAUCAGUUUUCAGAAGACUAUGAAGAGUCUGAUGUGCCGACCUCUUCAUGCUGUGAUGGAGGUGUGUCAUGGGAACUGUGGCAAAUUUUGAUAUUUAGAUAUGAAAUUUUAAGUUGCUGUGUAUAAUAAAUUGUUCAGUUGACCCCAUUGCAUGCGAGUCCCAGCCUGAGCACAGCUACCCGCCAGUAUUCAGUUACAGUCACAGUGCCACCUAGUGGCAACAGGGUCAUUGCCAUAUCAUCCAGUGUAUGUAGCAGCCAACGAGCCCCAACCCUGCCUACAGGAAGUGCCUGAAACACAUGCAGCAUGCUGACGGUCACUGCAGCUGUAACGUUUCGCUGUUCUUUUCAUCUCUAUUCAAACAAAACAGUUUCAAGAGCUUCAUUCUUGUGGUCCACAUUAGAAAAUAAAUCAUUAGCAGGUGGGGUGAUUCUAGUUCACGCUGAAAUAAAAAUCAAAUAUUAGAGAUGUUGUGGGUUUUGGUUUGUGAUUGUCCUCUGUAUGAAUACUUGUGUGUUGUUAAAUUUAAAAAUCCUCUAUUA